GUCCUCCCGAAAACAAAAAAAAUUUUAAAACCGGAUGAGAAAAAAGGGAAACGGCGGUAGUGGAGUGCGCGCGUUCGGGUAGAAACGAAAAGGAGAAGGAAACGCGAGAAAUUCAACGAAUAAAAAAAUAUACCCGCGAGAGGAACAAAAGCGUGUUGAGCACGUAAGUGCAAGAUAGUCGGUGAGAUCGAAGGAAGCGGCUUGCCACACUGUUUCAACAAACUCUCAAGAACAGCCUCCACCGAGGAAGGGGAAUCCCGGAGAAAGAUGGAAGUCGAAAAAGGAAGAGACACACAGCGCCACCGGUGGAGGUGCGACUGAAAGGGCCGACAAUCACAUGGGAAAAAAUCACAAGACAGACAGAGAGAGAAGUACUAAGUUGUACGGUACCACGUGGUCCCACCGGAUUUUCUGGUGGAGAACGCGUCGUGUUGUGGCGCUGACAGAGUAGUGGGGGAAAAAUGUGGAGGGGCGGUAGACCGGAGUGGGGAUGAGUUGUUUCUCCUCGUCCCGUUCCCUGAUUAGUUGAUACCCGACCGUUGUCGAGGUCGGUAUGCCUGAUGUUCCAUUAAUUAUCGGUAUUUUAACGGUUAAAAAAUUAUUGCCAGUCCCCGUUGUUCUCUGUGUGUGUGAUACGAUUCCACUGGAUAAAUUAUACUGUGUUAAUGCCUGUGAUUGUCACAUUGUGAGUGAUCAUUGUCAUGGGAUACAAUGAAGAAUGUGUUGUACAAGUGCUAGAUGUAUUUGUGAUGAAAAGUUUGUUAAUUGUCAGGAGAAAAUCCUGAAUCAACGGUUUAUUCGUGAUUGUGAGAGGAUCAAAAGUGCGAUUUGGAGUUAACGAUAAAUAACGGGAAUUUUUCAGUGAAUUUUUUUUUUAUUCUCGGCCAGUGGAAAAGUAGCAGGUUAGGAUGUAUCCCAACACUGGCAUUAACGCGGCAGCUGUGGCCGCAGCAGCUGCUGCACGGCACCCGGGACCACCGCAACCCGGCCAACCAUUUAAAUUCACGGUGGGUGAAUCGUGUGACAGGAUUAAGGAGGAAUUCAAUUUUCUGCAGGCGCAGUAUCACAACAUGAAACUGGAGUGCGAGAAGCUGGCAACCGAGAAGAUAGAAAUCCAGAGACACUACGUGAUGUACUACGAGAUGUCUUAUGGACUCAACGUUGAAAUGCACAAACAGACGGAGAUAUCAAAACGGCUGAAUGCUAUAAUCGUACAAAUCCUACCUUACUUAUCGCAAGAACAUCAACAGCAAGUGUUGACAGCAGUUGAUCGUGCGAAACAAGUUACAAUGACUGAGUUGAAUUCCAUCGUCGGGCAACAGAGACCUGAUAUACCCAGACUACUGCAGCAAAUGCAUGCGCAGCAACUACCACCGGGUGCGGCAAUUGGGCCACAUCCCGGAUUACCUGGUCUUUCAGGACUCGGCCCUGCGGGUGGACUACCAGUUCCUACAUCCGCAUCAGCGGCACUUCUGGGACUUGGCCUGACCCCCGGCGCAGCGGGGACUCCAGGCCCUACUGGGGCCCAUCCCCUCUCGAUGCUCGGUAAAUCGGAGCUCCACCGGGGGCAGCCAGAUGAUCUGAAGAGUAAUGGUGGUCUCAGCUCGACGGAAGAACGACACCGGAGUUCGAUAUCCCCAGCUGACAAGUACAGCAGACCCCGCACACCUCAAGAAUCCCAUCAUGCUCAUCACUCCCAGAAUCAUCACGAUCAUCCAAUGCACAUAAAGAAAAUGAAGAAAGAACAGGACAAAGACGUUGGUCAUAGUGAUGGUGAGAAGAGCGAUCAAGAUCUUGUGGUGGAUGAUGCCAGUGAGGGUCCAACAAGUCCAGCUGUAAAUGGUACAUCAUCUCCACGGGAGAACGGUCUAGACAAGGUCUCGUCAUUGAACUCCAAUAUUCAAGUGAAGAAAGACGCACCACCGCACUCACCCCGAAGUGGUACCAGCAGCAACGCUAGUACACCAUCCGCGAAGAAAAUGGAGGAGAGGGAGAAGCCAACGACACCGAUAUCAAAACCAAUGACACCAACAUCGGCAUCGGGUGGUGUAAAGACAACUGGCUCUGGUAAGCUACUGCAGGGGCCUCCACCACCUGGUGUUGCUGGUGCAUAUCCACCACAUUAUCCCCCGGGUCCACCGUCCCAUCAUAUGCCACCCGGUGGACUUCAUCCUCACGUCGACAUGAUGGCAUACAAUGGAUAUGGAGCACCACGGGGACCACCGUCACUUCAGCAACUGUAUGAUCCCCAUGGUGGCAUGAGGGCGCCCGCAGGCUCUAUUGGAGUACCUGGUGGCAAACCGGCUUACAGCUUCCACGUGCCAAGCGAAGGACAAAUGACACCAGUACCAUUUCCCCCCGAUGCAUUGAUUGGUCCUGGAAUACCACGUCACGCACGUCAAAUAAAUACUCUGACUCACGGUGAAGUUGUGUGCGCCGUGACAAUAUCAAAUCCAACAAAAUACGUGUACACAGGUGGUAAAGGAUGUGUUAAAGUUUGGGACAUUGGUCAGGGUGCAGGGGGAAGUGCAAAACCGGUAUCUCAGCUUGAUUGCCUCCAGCGUGACAACUACAUAAGAUCUGUCAAACUAUUGCCAGACGGUAGGACACUUAUUGUCGGUGGUGAAGCGAGCCAGUUGAGUAUUUGGGAUCUUGCUAGUCCCACACCGAGAAUCAAAGCUGAAUUGACAUCAGCAGCACCAGCUUGUUAUGCCCUUGCCAUAUCACCCGACUCCAAGGUGUGCUUCAGCUGCUGCAGCGAUGGACACAUUGCUGUUUGGGAUUUGCAGAAUCAAACACUUGUCAGACAAUUUCAGGGUCACACUGACGGUGCAUCGUGCAUUGAUAUAUCCGCUGAUGGCACCAGAUUGUGGACAGGGGGUCUUGAUAAUACCGUCAGAUCGUGGGAUCUACGAGAGGGAAGACAACUCCAGCAGCACGACUUCACGUCUCAAAUAUUUUCACUGGGUUAUUGUCCAACUGGUGAUUGGCUCGCUGUGGGAAUGGAAAAUUCUAAUGUCGAAGUACUUCAUGCCACAAAACCCGACAAAUAUCAACUACAUCUUCACGAAUCGUGUGUUCUGUCGUUGAGGUUUGCCUCUUGUGGCAAGUGGUUUGUUUCAACUGGCAAAGACAAUCUUCUCAAUGCCUGGCGUACACCCUACGGUGCCUCGAUAUUCCAGUCCAAGGAAUCAUCAUCAGUGUUGAGCUGUGACAUUUCAGCCGACGACAAGUACAUCGUUACCGGCUCAGGCGACAAGAAGGCCACCGUGUACGAGGUCAUUUACUAACGAGGGCACACACACACACAUACACACACUCAUGUGACACCUGAGAAGCCUUUCUCAAUAGAGACACUCGAAAGUGUUAUAACCAGUAACGAACGAAAUAUUUGAUUCUCUGUAAAUAGAGUUAUUAACUGGUAACGUUAUGCCAUUGAUAUUGUUGUUGUUAUGAUUGUUGUUGCCGAAUGCAGAUACAUUAGGAGUUUAGUACCAUUUGAGAUUGACAAUUCAGGCAAUGGUAGUGUCACGAACGGUGCAUAUUCACUUCGCAUUGGGUACAAUACUUUUUUUUUAUUAUUAUUUCAAUCACAAUACCGUUCGCCUCCGCAUCAAAUCCACCCCUCAUGGUAGAUAUCUAUGUUUAAGUUAACAUGAAUUUAUCAUUCGGUAUGAAUGAAUGGGAAUUAUGAGCGUGUAUAUGUGGGAGAGUAGAAAUUUUUUAAGUGAUAGACGUCGGGUCGUUACUUAUGUACACUUUGUAUAUAAUCGCGUUACACAUACUAUCAUAUUUUUAUACUUCGUCUACAGUCGAUUAACAUAUAAGGAGGGAAACAACUGAUUUACAGUGGAUUAUUAUUUGUGUACAUAGAUUUUAUUGUCAAGCCCAUGUUGUAUAUUGUUAUAGACAAAGGGACGAAACAGGAAUGAUAAUUAGGAAUAAAAUGAAAUCAUAAAAA